AUACAGCCAGACCUGUACUGUGUACAGACUUGUUACGACCUACUUUACGCACUGGACACGAAAGAGUUCGGAACCCCGAAAUUAACACUACACUGAUACGGACCUCUUUCUUCUUUAACUUCCCAGUUGAAUGAAUACUACGCGUUGAAUUAUUAGGGCCGUCAAUUAUCAGAAUCUUGGUUAUUUUUGCUCGUCAGAUGAACAGUUUUACAGAGUACAACCGUUUCGCUGCAAAAGAAAAGUUGCGCAAAUGCAUUGUGGAGUGCCAAGCUGAACUAAAUCCUCCUUUUCGACUGUCGGAUGCAACCAAAUGGGUUGAAAGUUAUUUUAAGAGGGAGGGCGGUAACAUUGACUGCGUUCCCCUCUUCGUACAGUUCAUUAGGGACCUUGGGAUUAUAUCCAAAGCGGAAAAAUCUAAAUUGAAUUCAAAAUUUAUAUUCAAUGAAGCGAGGAUUCGCGAGUUAUUUGAGUGCGUGAGCCCUGAUAUGCUCCGCGUAAGCACCAAAGAAAAUAUCCCGUCUCUGCCUAACUGUGUGUCGGAAACGACUGACAACUUUGCCGGGGAAGUGGUUCAGGCGGCCUCCCAACAAGAUAAGCUGUGGCUUGAAGAAGUUCUUAGUCGAUUGGCGUGCUUGUUGGAUCUCGAUCGCAAAGACCUAAUAUCCGCUUUGCCACUCGCUGAGAUUUCCGACCUCUGUGGUUUGUCGGGGAAAGAAAACGUUUCGCUCGGGUUUACGAAUCUGGGCUCGUUCGUUCGGUCUAACUGUCUUCGUUCAUCGGAACCGGCUAUCUUGCACUGCCAAGAUCACUUGGUGAAUGCAGUCGCUUUGGCUUGCUUGGAAACGCUGGCGAAAUGGCCAGAGGGUCACACGCAUCAGUCCGAACUGUGCGAAGGAUUUUGUGUACCGCACCUGAUUUUAUCAAACGCAUUUGCGCUUGCUCAAACUAGCUGUCAUGACAGCGCGGUUGCACUCGAUGCGGUCGGCAAAAUUUUCGAACUAAUUUUUCAAAAUUGGCCACCCUCCGAUUUGUGUCCCAAGGGAACCACUCCAUCUUGCUCCGAACACACUGCCUCAACGACCCACGCACAAGAGCAGCGGACCCCGAACUUGGAUGAAUCCGAGUUCCAUGGACAGAAGACCACACCACAGUCUCUCCCUCCCCUGGCUACACCUUUAAUGGACCGGAGCAUCCUAUUCGCGGAUGAUUCGCGCUUUCUCUCUUGUCGACCUACAGCCAGAUCCUCUCGCAUGACCUCUGUACGUAUUUCGAAGCCGGAACUGAGCGAUGCAUCAGGUUACGACUACGAACCUUUGCCAAUGACCUCGAUGCUCUAUUCAAAAUGUCAGCCUGCUUCUGUGUCCCGGAAGCCGACUGUUAAACUGACCGUGUCCUGUGUUGGCCGCUCCAAUUCGACAGACGCGUCACCUUCAUCUGAACGAGGAGAACAUUCACCGAAAAGCGCCACCCAUGCUAUAGAUUCGCUAACCAAUCAAAUCGCCUGUAUCAACUUCGGAAGGUCAAGAAGAAGACAUUCCUCCUUCACCACAUCUGCUCGCGCACUUCCUGACCGGCCUGUGGAACGAAGUCACGAGUUAACUCUGGCUGCCCAACUAACUUUGCUGUUGUUGCCACCGUUAUUUUACUCACGCCUUCGAAUUCUUGUCCGCAGUCUGCAACAAGUGCUACUAAAUCAUGCCAAUUUGUGUCCUGCACUUGUUGGCGGCUACCAUUCAUCGAGCGAUGAGUCCAGUCAAAACGUGAGCACACACGAGUCUACCUUAUCCGUGCUCUCAGAAUUGUUCGCUAACGUGCUCUUCCCACUGCAAGCGCAACCGAACAACCCGGAUUGGAGAGUCUUGGUCACUCGGCUGCUGCUAUGUGAUUCUAGUGGAUUCCUCCUGGAGGCACCCCUCAAUUUCGUCAAGUAUGUUCAGCCUGUUGCUGCCAAAGACGCUAGCACCUCGCCGAUGGCACCCAAAAUUCCGGCGUUCGAUGAAUGCCGAUGCGGCAGCGCUCCCAUUGAACCUCCUACUGGAUUCGCCAAGCCAACCAACCCGCCUUCUAGACCUCAAACCGCCCUAUUUCCUGCGAACCAUUUUCAUUCCUUCAGUCUGUCCUCCUUAAAUCAUAUCGGUGUUCCUUCUGCUUGCACGCUCCCCAUCUGUGUGCCAUCCAUUGCUUCGGCUACCGAACGACAGAACGGUUACCGACGCUUCCCCACCUGUUUCGCCAGUAGUUCUACCACGGUGGGUUCUGGUACUGCAGACUGGCUCGCUUCGACUCCAAUGAAGACAUGUAUGAUGAUGGGUCACUCUCAUUCCUUGUACCAACCAACUCGAAGUUACAGCACUGACUGCUUCCGUCCCCAUCACGUCUCUUACGUUGCAUGUACAUCCUGUGGCGAGGUGGACGGUGAACCGAUUGCACAGCCUGUUUGGCAAUCCAACGUUGCAUCAUUCAACGGACGCUGGCGCACCAAUUCGAGCACCUCGGGGAGCACCGAUUCCCAGGUGGGAAUUGAUCCACAACGUUUGGCUUCGUUGAGUAACACAGCACACCUUAUAAAAUUGCUGAAUCAAAUCCUUAACGAUCGCCAGAUGGAUCCGAGGAAGAAGAUGAAAUGCAUUCUUGAUUUCCGCAAAACUCACGCUGACGUUUACUGGCUACGUUUCGGCGAUCAGCAAACCGAAUCCAAUUAUCUUGCACGUUUGCAACGUCGUAUCGAUGGACAACCACAACCCACUGUGUUGGAGCGCAUCACAAACGCAUUCCGACGCCGGCGUCUAAGUCCACAGCGGUUACGUUCCACUAGACAGGAAUCACAAUCCCCAUCUAAGUCGACCGGCAUAUAGGUUUCUUUCCCUGUUAUCAUUCUUCUCUUUUUUAAACAUUAGGGAAACAAUGUCAUUCCUGCAUGUUGCUAUGAUCUUUUGUAUAAAGACUAUCAGAAAUCGUUGUGUAAAUUGACAAUAGGAGCUGAUUUUCUAAGUCU